GGGGGGUCUAUAAUUGGACACGUGUUUUUCCUUCUUUUUGUCAUCUGGAGAUCAACCGAUCCUUUUGUAAUUGCUUUUUUUUUUUUUUUUUUUUUCCUCCCCAGCAAGGAGCGAUGAGAGUAAAGAGUUCUUAAGAGGCUCCUUUCAGACUUGAGAAUGGAGCAGAAAACAUGGAGGCCCCGCAAGUAUUUAACGCGAGGCACACCCGCACCGCCGCAACAGAACCAUGGAGGACGUGCUGUUUGACCUGGACCAGGACGUCGCCGCGGACUUCGCCUUUUGGGGUCCGAUGGACCAGAACGCGCAGUUCCAGACCCAGCUGGACACCUUCCUGCUGGACUGCACGGCGGCCGGCGAGCAGCUGUCGCCCUGGUCCUCCCUGGGCUGCCAGUCGGUGUUCCCGGAGGCCCAGCUCACCUUCACCGACCUGGACGUGCAGUCCCCGGCCGCCGCCGCCACUGAGUCGGACGACUUCUCCGGGGACGACGGCGCGCCGCUGGCGGCCAAGCGCCACCACGGCCGGGCGGCGCACCGACUGCAGGUGUUGCACCAGCCCUACAAGGUGCAGCGCCACGCCGCCAACAUCCGGGAGAGGAAGCGGAUGCUGAGCAUCAAUUCCGCCUUCGAGGAGCUGCGCUGCCACGUCCCGACGUUCCCUUACGAGAAGCGCCUGUCCAAGAUCGACACCCUCAGGCUGGCCAUCGCCUACAUCGCCCUCCUGCGGGAGAUCCUCAUGUCGGGCUCCGACCCCAAGUCGUACGUGGAUGAAUGCAUGAAGAACGGAUACAAGAACCAAACCAACGCCAUUUGGAACACCAGCGGUGGACGCCGUCUUCUCCUCUCCAGCCUUCCGUUUCUUCAAGACAGAAAUGGAGGAGGGCUCCAGCAGCGAGGAGGACGUGAUGGACCGCCAGCACAAGCGCUGCGCCAGGAAGCGGACGCCGAGCAGCAAGAAGUCCGCCGAGGACAGCAGCAGCAGCGGCAGCGGCGGCGGCGGCCUCAGCCCGGGCCCGGUCAAGCGGCCCAAGAAGCCCAGCCACAGCCACAGCCACAGCCCCGCCGGCGCGCAGUCCUACGAGGAGCUGCAGAACCAGCGCGUCCUGGCCAACGUGCGGGAGAGGCAGCGGACGCAGUCGCUCAACGAGGCCUUCGCGUCCUUGCGCAAGAUCAUCCCCACGCUGCCCUCGGACAAACUCAGCAAGAUCCAGACGCUGAAGCUGGCCUCCAGGUACAUCGACUUCCUGUGCCAGGUGCUGCAGAGCGACGAGAUGGACAACAAGAUGUCCAGCUGCAGCUACGUGGCCCACGAAAGACUCAGCUACGCCUUCUCCGUGUGGAGGAUGGAGGGCGCCUGGUCCAUGUCUACCUCCCACUGACUCGCCUCGGAGGAUGCCCAAGUGACUGUUUGAACGCUGCAAAAUCAAAUGGAUUAUUGAGCAGCCCAUGGACCUGAGUGGCAUUGAGACGUACUGCCACACACACACUCACACACACACACACGCACACACACACACACACACACACACACACACACACACACACACACACACACACACACACACACACACACACACACACACACACACACACACACACACACACACACACACACACACACACACACACACACACAUGCACACACACGAGGAGAGUGUGUGCGUGGCUGCAGAUUGACCACAGCCUCCGGCAGGCUAUUGUUAAGCUGCUGCAAGAAGAAGAAGAAGAAGAAGAAAGCAAAGCGCACAUGUGGUGGAGGAUGAUAUAGUUGGGAUAUUCCAACAACGUCAUGAAGGAUUUAUAUUUUGCUCCCCGAAGACUUUCAAAGUAAUGUAAAUGAAUGCAUAUUUACUGUACCUGUGUAAGUGCCUAUAGCCUGCAAAGGGACCAAUGCAUCAUCCAUAGACUCCAUCUGAGUUUUUUGUAAAUUUUUGUUUAUUUAUUAAAACAUAUUUUUGA